AUGCUUCGACAGAUUGUCUGGAUCGUGGGGAAGAAUAAGAAAAUUGUAUUGCUACUCAUUGUUCUGGCGAGCACAUACACAAUUUUCUAUUCCACAAGCUGUAAGUGGUAUGGCUGAAGGGCCAGUGCCCAUUUUGGGACGCUCAGAUUUUCUUUAAAUUUUGCACAGAGGACAAUAACGAGCACAUUUUUACAUCAAUUUCUGCACGGGAAGUGAGUGCUUCAAGUGCGACGCUCAGAGUUUCAGAUUUCGCUUAAAUUUUGCACGCGUGUUUUUUUGAAAGUUUUUGCUUGCGCUUUGCAGGCACCGUCGAGAUAUUUGGCGAUCUUUGCGGUCGAGAGAGCACACGAAAGAGAGAAGAGGUCAGAGAGAAAAAACUGGCUGUAUCUCUGCCGUUUUUUCUCUCUGACCUUCUCCUUGUUUCGCGUGCUCUCUCGACGGCAAAGAUCGUUGAAUAUCUCGGCUGUGCCUGCAAGGCGAGAGCUGAAACUUUCACAAAUUGAUAUGUUCUCUAUGCUGAGGUGUGUGCAAAAUUUAAGCGAAAUCUGAAACUCUGAGCGUCGCUCUUGAAGCACUCACUUCCCGUGCAGAAAUUGAUGUAAAAAUGUGCUCGUUAUUGUCCCCUUUUCAGCGGAGACACAUAAUUUUAACAGGACUGUAAUAAAGGAGGCACAACCUGGAAUUACAAGGGUCAGGCCUAAAACGUAUGAAGCGCAAAAGUUAUGGCCAGAAUUCGGAAAGACCUUGGCAAUAAAAAGUGGGGAUUGCGCGGGAAUGGCGAAUAUUGUAAGCUUCAAUUUAUCUUUAAAUUUGCGACUUUGGCUUGACGUGCCUAUCGUAUCAGUUUGUCGGGAAAAUAAUGUGGGUUUGUCGCAGCAAAAUUUCUUUCCUCUCGAAAAACACGAUCCAAAUCUCCAGUCGUCGCAAAGCGAUGAUGGGCGAUUCCAAGGCUCGACAAAUCCACAUUAUUUUCCCGACAGACUAAUACAAAAUCAUUUAUAAGGCCAUUGGAGCGUCGCAGUUGAGACACUUUCCUUGUCAGCAACAGUUUUAAAAAUUUUUAUUUUUUGUUGCAGUUCUGGAGAAUCGCCGCUUUAUACGGCUUGAGUCUUCAAACAAAUCGAACCGCAAUUAUUGGCGCUCAUUUCAAAAGAUGCGGACUGUUUGAGAAAUAUGAAAUGACCUAUUAUUUCCCCGCCUUGAGCGUACUGUAUAGCCGGGUGAGUUGGAAAUUUCGAGGAAAUGCACUUGUUGCGAGAUCUACUACGUUGGGGGGUUUGAUCUAAAACGUAGGGGGCUUGACAUGAAACGUAGGGGGCUUGAUCUAAAACGGAGGGGGCUUGAUCUAAAACGUAAGCGGUUUGAUCUAAAACGUAGGGGGCUUCAUCUAAAACGUAGGGGACUUGUGCUGGACCAUACAACUUGGAUUAAUUCUUUGAAAUAAAUUUUGGGGUUCAGAAUGGACGAGGGGGGUUGUACUGGGUUUUGGGGGGCUAAACUGGACUGGGGGGCUGUACUACCUUAGCCCCGAUGUUUCUAAUAUGAACUUGUCGGCGGAUGAGUAAAUGCUUUUCAAAACGUUGAACUAUACGUUAUACAAUGAGCUUUCAGCCCUCUAUAGACGAUGCGGUGGAAGUGCCUUUUGGCGUGUCUACGUGGGAAACGGAUGACAUAGAAAAGUAAGCGAAAUUUUUGCGCGUUUUUGUGCUGUUAGUGUACUGCUCGGAGCAAAAGGGUCCUGAUAAUUCACAAAUUGCGGAUUUUUGGCCUCAAAAACACAACUUUUCACAAUUGAGUUUGGAUUUUUUGCACUAACGUCGCGUGUGAUGCCCAUCAAAGAGAUCAUUCGGUACAGUGACGGACCUGAUCCAGUGGCAAAAACGUACCAUUUUGCAUCCAGGAAGUAUCAAAAAAUGUGGCAAAAUGCAUCCCUCUCCAACUGAAAAAACUCCGUUUUGAAGGGCGCGCUUUUGAAACCGGAGUCUGCACUUGGAGAGGGAAGCAUUUUGCCACAUUUUUUAUACUUCCCAGAUGCAAAAUGGAACGUUUUUUUGCCACCGGAUGAGUUCCGCCACUGUGCUUUAUUACGACAGAUUUUCGGCGUUUGUCGCGCGCCAAAAAUCUGUCGCAAUAAACGAUCUCUCUGAAAAUGGGCAUUGCGCGCGACGUUAGCGCAAAAAAUUCAAAAUGCACUGUGCAAAAUGGUAUUUUUGGGUCAAAACGUAAGCGUGCCAAUUAUCAAGUCUCUUUGCUGCAAUUAGUGUUAUGAAAAAGUUGUUAAAACGACAUGAAAAGCUGUUAAAACGAUAUUGAAACCCCGCUGCAAACAAUUCAGGCUGCUGGAAAGACAAGAAGAAUCGGUUGCCAUCGUCGAUGGAAUUUAUUUUCAAUCUUUUGGGUACUUCCAUCAGUUCAAGCAGAGAAUCCGUAAGAUCUUUGCGCCAUCGACGGAAAUCAAGAGACUUAUUGAUGACUAUGACAAAACUGUAUUCAAAGGCGAUCGCUCGCACAAGCUCUGCAUCCAUCUGAGGGAUUUCGAAAAGGGAAGAUUCAAAAAGAGCAAUGUGACGUGGACAUUUGAAGUGAGCAAAAUUGAAUAUCAGUCUGUCGGGAAAAUAAUGAGCACAGCAUUGCGCUGAUCGCGUCGCUGAAGUGAAAAGAAAUUUGAGUUUUCCGCGAUACAAUUUUUUUAUCGGUGGCAAUUUCCGAGUGCUCAUUAUUGUCCCGACAAACUGAUAGUAAUGCGACUGUUGAACAUACAGGGAAAAGAGAUGCAAAUGAGCCAAAAUUUGGUAUAAAAAAGUAUCCGCGAGUCAUAAAACAGAUUGUUUUUUUUUGAAGGUUGGUUUUGUCAUCUUAUGAGACUUGUUUUGUGUUGCAAAAGGUCUCGUAUAAAAAUUAAACCAGUCUAUCUUCAAAAUCAACAAUCUUUGUUUUCUCUCAUUGAUACUUUUUGACGCCGAAUUUUACUUCAUUCCUUUCUAUGCCAACUUUUUCUCGGUGGAGAUUUUUCGAAGCGACAGAGUGCUCAUUAUUUUCCCGACAGACUGAUAACAGAGAAAAAAUUGCUGUUUUAGGCAGCAAAAUUCAUAAUCCAACAUCUGAAGACGGCUCAUAACAUUGAAAACAUCAACGCAAUUGUGUUUUCGGACAAUAAAAGUCACUCACAAACAAUUGCAGAGCAGCUGGUUGUAAGUAAAAUGUAAAAGCAUUUCCAAUUUUUUCGUUGCUUUUCCCCCACUUACUCGCUACAGUGACGGACCUGAUCCAGUGGCGAAAAACGUACCAUUUUGCAUCGGGGAAGUAUCAAAAAUGUGGCAAAAUGCUUCCCUCUCCAAAUGAAAAAGCUUCGUUUUGAAGGGCGCGCCUUUGAAAUGGGAGUUUUUUCACUCGGAAAGGGAAGCAUUUUGCCACAUUUUUGAUACUUCCCGGAUGCAAAAUGAUACGUUUUUUGCCACUGGAUCAGGUCCGCUCACUGUAUCUCGCUGCGUUCAGAAUGAAGGCUCAAUCUCCAAAUCCUACAUCCCGUCGGAAAUGAACCGUGGGACGGAGAUGGUAUUUGCCCAAACCAAGUGCCAAUCGAUGAUUCUGACCACGAUUGGCUCCACGUUCGGCUGGUGGAUGGCCUAUUUCAUGGCGGAGGAGGCGCAGAAACGCGUCUUCUACAGCGAGCAUUUCUUUGAGGUGGGCGCGAAAUUGGACGAUCAUUCUGUGAUGUAAAUCUCUUUUUUCAACGUUUUUCUUUUCCUUCAGCCCGGACGGUACAACAGGAACACAGAAAAUGAGAUGGAAGCCAAUUACAUUCGGCCAGAAUGGAAAAGGAUCGGGUCAAAAAACGGAAUCUUUGAAAUAGAAUCCAGGCAGAAACAAGGUCUUCUUGUCAUAGAAAAAGACAGUAGAAUGAACAAUAGUUACUCAAUGGAAGUUUAA